AUGCCUGUUGAGAGCUACGGAGUAUGGAAGGCAAAGCCUGUUCGCUUUACUUACGAAACCGAUGCAGAUGACCAUGUGUCUCCCCAUCUCUCGCUGUUCUUCACUACCAGUGACAAUAGCCAGGGGGAAGGCCGCGCAGCAAUCAACAUCAAGUCUGGAGACAAAAGCGACUCGAGGUUAGUGUUUUGGUUGGUGAAGAACUUCGAGAACUUUCAAAAUGAACGACUCCGGGAAUUAAAACCAGGAUUUCAUCUGCUGGAAGGCACUAUGGAGCAAGCCCCCAACGGUCUCGCCCUGGACUACAUUAGAGGCAAUCUGUUCCACCGAGAAACAGGCAGACUUCUACCCCAUGACAUUCCUGGACCAGAUAAUGAUAUACUGGAUGAACUUAUCCCGGUGCUGGAUGGCGCGGUCGACCACGACAGCGUGAUUUACAUUUUUGGAUCGCAUUUCAACACUGGCAACGGGAUCCAUAAUGUUCACAUGAACCAAGGAAGUCCUAAGAAGUGGAAAAAUGACAACGGCAUCUAUCAGGACGGGGGUAUCCUGCUGGACUUUGGGGAUCACUGGAAGGGGGUGUUCAUUGGUUUCGCAUCCCAGGCCGUGCAUACCGAUGCCGAAGGACAACCUACUCCACUCCAUGGGUAUCUUAGCUGGAAUGAGCUCUUAAACCCUGAAAUCCCGGGGGAGCAACGACAAAGGCGCGAUGUCCAUGAUCGGACAGUUACCAUUAGUGAGGCCAUGAUCCGUCAUCAUGGUUCAGACCCGACAACCAAAUCCGACUCGAUCGUCACUCUCACGAACCGCGCGGACGCGCCCGUGAUACUUAAUGGCUGGAGCGUCCGGAAUCACAAGGGCGAAAACGAAUACCUGCCCGACGGUGCCGUCUUGCGUCGAAGGCGUCGCCAGAGUUUCCAGCUGCACAACUGUGCGCUUUCCGAUGAGGGCGGUACAAUCACGCUGUUGAAUGAGCAGGGACUCAAGGUGGACGGUGUGCGAUAUACGGCCGAACAAACAAGACCUGGCCAUGUUGUGUCAUUUUAG